AUGGCAUCAUCUCGAAUUUUCAAUAAUAUUGGAAGACUUGGCAUAGGCUUGGCAGUUGCCGGUGGCGUUGUGAAUGCCAUGCUUUACAAUGUCGAUGGUGGUCAUCGAGCAGUUAUUUUUGAUCGUUUCCAAGGUAUUAAACCCGAUGUGAUUGGAGAAGGAACUCACUUUAUGAUUCCAUGGCUUCAUCGACCCAUUAUUUUCGAUAUUCGAACUCGUCCACGUUCUAUACCUUCUAUCACAGGCACAAAAGAUUUACAAACAAUUAACAUUACUUUACGUAUUCUCUAUCGACCGAAAGCUGAAUUUUUACCUAAAAUUUUCACAAACUUGGGUUUAGACUAUGAAGAACGUGUACUACCAUCGAUUACGAAUGAAGUAUUAAAAUCUGUCGUUGCUCAAUUCGAUGCCAUUGAAUUGAUUACUCAACGUACACUUAUCUCACAGCGUGUCAGUGAACUAUUAACUGAACGUGCGCAGCAAUUCGGUUUAUUACUUGAUGAUAUUUCAAUUACACAUUUGAGUUUUGGUCCUGAAUUCACCAGUGCUGUUGAAUUAAAACAAGUAGCACAACAAGAUGCAGAAAAACAACGAUUUCUAGUCGAAAAGGCUGAACAAAGUCGUCAGGCCAAUGUAAUCGCUGCUGAAGGUGAUGCUCGUGCUGCUGAUCUGAUCGGUAAAGCAUUAGGAGAAGCCGGUGAAGGUUUGAUUGAACUUCGACGUAUCGAAGCAGCCGAAGAUAUUGCUGGUCAGUUAGCUAGAUCACGAAACAUUGUUUAUCUACCUCAUGGUCCACAGAUGUUAUUGAAUAUCUCCGCUGGUCAAUAA